CCCAGAACGGCCGCGGUCCCCGGAGGGGGCUGCUACCCCUGGGUCCCUUAUAGGCCUGAGGCCCUGUCACUCUAACCCGACCUGCAGGGGACCCAGGCCCGGGGGCGGGGCAGCUCCCUGAGCUUCCCUGGGGACAGAGGUCCUGCUUGCUGUUUGGCUGGGGCACUCAGUCUGUCAGCGGGUGGACCCUGGGGCAUGAGUCGCCCCUCCCCCUGCACUGCACGGGGAGGGGAUGGCGGGAGUCAGAGCCGGCCGAGGGGGCGCCAGCGGGGAGGGAACUUGGCGGCCCAGCAUGGGAACUAUGUCCCCAAGGUUUCAGGCCAGGACUGAGCGGGUUGAGAGAUUUCGACUCACUUUCCAAAGACAACAUCUUCGAGAAUAACCGUCUGGCCUUUGACGUGGCUGAGAGGGAGCUGGGGAUCCCCGCUCUCCUGGACCCUAAUGACAUGGUCUCCAUGCGCGUCCCCGACAGCCUUAGCAUCAUGACCUACGUGUCCCAGUAUUACAACCACUUUGCUGCCCCUGGCCAAGCUGGUGUGUCACCCCCCAGAAGGGACCCAGCAGCCUCCUCUCCGCCGGCUCUAGCGCCCCCUACAGAGGAACCGGGAGAGGAGACUCAGGUCGAGGAGCUCUCCUCGGGCAGCCUGUUGGAGCAGGGCACCCACCGGACUCCCAGCAGCACCUGCGCGGCCUGCCGGCAGCACGUGCACCUGGUACAGCGGUACCUGGUGGAGGGCAGGCUCUACCAUCGGCACUGCUUCCGGUGUCGGCAGUGCUCCAGCACCCUGCUCCCCGGGGCUUACAGGAGCGGGCCCGAGGAGGGCACCUUCGUGUGCGCAGAACACUGUGCCAGGCUGGGCCCAGGAGGACGAUCGGGACCCAGGUCCGGGCCACCCACACACCCAAGGCCGCCGCAGACCACCGAAGAGACCCAGGACGGGGAGGCAGGCAGCCCCGGCCCUCGUGUGGGUGCAGGGCCUGAAGCAGAUGACUCCAAAGCCAGCCCCGAGGCCCGGCCCCAGAUCGCCGCCAAGCCCCGGGUUCCCAGCAAAUCCCAGGAGCUGACCAGCCCCCCAGCCGGCCGGCCCACGCCCGCCCCUAGGAAGGCGCCUGAGAGCCCAGCCCCGACGCCCCCGACACCCCGGCCCCGGUCCAGCCUGCAGCAGGACGGCUCGGCGGAGCAGGCUGGCAGCAGUGGCCUUGUGAACGGAAGACUGCACGAGCCCCCUGUCCCCAGGCCGAGGGGGACACCCAAGCUGUCGGAGAGGACGCCGGCCCCCAGGAAGGACCCACCCUGGAUCACACUGGUACAGGCGGAGCCCAAGAAGAAGCCAGCACCCCUGCCCCCAAGCGGCAGCCCUGCACCACCAAGGCGCGGCGGCCGACAGGGGGAGAGCAGAGGUGUGGAGGAGGUGGCCCAGCAGAGCCCUGCGGCCGCCCAGGAGCCCAAGCCCUACAACCCCUUUGAGGAGGACGAGGAGCAAGAGCAGGAGCAGGAGCAGGGGGAGGAGUCCCCAGUGGCCCCCAGCCCUGGCCCCGCCCACCCGGAGGCCACACCCAAGUCCCUGCAUCCCUGGUAUGGCAUCACCCCCACCAGCAGCCCCAAGACUAAGAAGCGCCCCGCCCCGCGAGCGCCCAGCGCAUCCCCGCUCGCUCUGCAUGCCUCCCGCCUCUCGCACUCGGAGCCCCCGUCGGCCACGCCGUCGCCCGCGCUCAGCGUGGAGAGCCUGUCGUCCGAGAGCUGCGGCCAGAGUGCCGGGGCCCAGCUGCUAGAGCCUCCGGCUGUGCCCAAGAGCUCCUCGGAGCCUGCCGUGCAUGCCCCCGGCGCCCCUGGCAACUCCGCCAACCUCUCCACCAACUCCUCCCUGUCUUCCUCUGGGGAGCUGGCACAGCCCAGCAUGGAGCAGACGCCACAGGCUGGCCCCAGCCUCGCCCCCAGGACGCGGGGCGGCCCAGGGCCCCAGCCAGCCAAGCCAAGCAGUGGUGCCACCCCCACCCCCCUCUCGGUGGCAGGAGACAGGAGCCCUGCGCCUUCGCCUGGAACCUCGUCCCCCCAGCUGCAGCUCAAGUCUUCCUGCAAGGAGAAUCCUUUUAACCGGAAGCCAUCCCCUGCCGCGUCCCCAGCCACCAAGAAGGCCACCAAAGGAUCCAAGCCAGUGAGGCCACCUGCCCCAGGCCACGGCUUCCCACUCAUCAAACGCAAGGUGCAGGCUGACCAGCACAUCCCCGAGGAGGACAUCCACGGAGAGAUGGACACCAUCGAGCGCCAGCUGGAUGCCCUGGAGCACCGUGGGGUCCUGCUGGAGGAGAGGCUGCGUGGUGGCGUGAGCGAGGGCCGUGAGGACGACAUGCUGGUGGACUGGUUCAGGCUCAUCCACGAGAAGCACCUGCUGGUGCGGCGAGAGUCGGAGCUCAUCUACGUCUUCAAGCAGCAGCACCUAGAGCAGCGCCAGGCCGACGUGGAGUAUGAGCUCCGCUGCCUCCUCAACAAGCCGGAGAAGGACUGGACGGAGGAGGACCGGGUGCGGGACAAGGUGCUGAUGCAGGAGCUUGUCACCCUCAUCGAGCAGCGCAACGCCAUUGUCAACUGCCUGGACGAGGACCGGCAGAGGGAGGAAGAGGAAGACAAGAUGUUGGAAGCCAUGAUCAGGAAGAAAGAGUUCCAGAGGGAGGCGGAACCCGAGAGCAAGAAGAAGGGCAAGUUCAAGACCAUGAAGGUGCUGAAGCUGCUAGGGAACAAGCGUGACGCCAAGAGCAAGGCCCCCGGCGACAAGAGCUAGCGGCGUGGGAGCCGCUCCCGGGUCAGCCGCAGGAGAGAUGGCUUAGGGUGGGCAGCCCCGCAGGGGCGGCCUCUCCCUCCUCAGGGUCCGCCGGCUGGUCCCCCUUCUCUGCUGCGGGCAGCCGGGACUCAGCCCCGCCUCACUGGAUUCUGAGAACUCCACCCACUCUGGUCAGGAGCAGAGGCAGGGCGGGCGCCGGGGCCCUGUCUCCCUGGCCAGCGCAGGCCCCCCGCACCCCCUCGCUCGGGAGCGGUUUGUGAAGGCUCUGGUUCGGUCUGAGUUAGCUGCUGGGUGGGCCGCGCUGUGGCAGACAGCAGUGAGCCUGGCCCGCACGUCCCUUCUCUCCCCAGCUGCAGGGAAACCCGCUCCCCGCAGCGCAGGGCUGCAGGGCCGUGCUGGGGCAGGGGCUGCCCCGUUAACAACCCCGCGGGGAGAGGUGGGCCCUGGCCGCUACUGUGCUGACAUAGGUGCUAACCCUGGUUCUGUCCUGUCGGCUGGCCCUCACUUCGGCUUCCUCUCGUGCCCCCGGCCCAGCAAGAGGCACCUGUGGGGUCAUUGCUAGCCUGUCUCCCCCGGUGAGGGACUGCAGGCCACUCAGCCACCUGGAGGGCCGUGGGAGGGGAGGGAUCGUGGCCUUCCUGGGACAUGAGCCGCAGCUGUGGAUCUGAGCACUGUGCCCUACGCUGUCGCCGGGAUGCCCCAGGGCCCCUAGCUGCCCUCUCUUUUGCGAGGACACCACGCUGGAUGAACUCUCACUGGCCCUCACCAGGAAUCCCCGGAGACCACUCGGGCCACGGCCACGCCUGCCUUCCUGCCUGCCCCUGCCGCACCUCGGGGCCAGGCAUCCCGGGCUGCCCUGAAGGACCUGGGCCACGCUGGGGCGGUUUACCUAGAGCAGGGCGGGGGACCUGUGUGCGCCGAGGGCCACCUGGAUAUCGAGCCGUCGUUCGCGAGCCUACAAAAUGAUCAACUGAAAACCGAGCCUGCUAUGGAUGUGUUGAAUUUCCAGUCCCACCCGCGGUUGCCUCGGCAGGGCCAGACCAGAUGAUUCUGUGGGCCUUCUACAGCCCCCGGCCCCGAUGGGCCCCUGCCCCUGAAGAGGGCCCUCGAAGGGAGCCGUCUCCUUCCAAACGUGCUGGGUGACAACCGUCUCCAAGGCCUGUGGGGACAGCAGGCAACAGAGGUGAAGCCGGCUGCGUGUAACCUGAGGGUUGGCUCAGAAUCAGGAGGUGAGUGGUGGAGCGGCCGAGCCCCGUGUUGGCGGCUGGAGCUGGAGCUGGCGGGUAGGAGUGGGCCCAGGGAGGCCGGGCCUUUCUCCGCAGACGGUAUGUGUGUGUGCACACAUGCAUGUGUGUGUGUGUGUGCGCGUGCACGAGUGCUGACAGCUCACGUGCCUGUGAAGUGGGGGUUGUCGGGCCGGGCUGUUGUCCGGGGGCAGGGCUGUCAGGGUGGACGGCGGCUGACCCGUCACGCUGCACCCCUGCCUGCAGGUUCCUCUGGGUGUGUGGACAGAGGCUUCCCCUGAGCCAGCACUAACCUGUUGGUUGUGCAAGCUGCAGUGCAGGUCACGUGGCCUGGACAGCCAGGAAGCGGUGGCUGACAAACCCACAGUAGUUUGGGGACUUGUGGGGACAGGAAAAGAAGAGGGUGCUGCAGCAGCCAGGGCUUGUGGGUGUCGGCAGCCUGGGGCCCAGGCCAGGUGGGGGCUCCUUCCUUGUCAGCCGAGUCCCCCCAGCAGCACUGGGGGAGGGGGCUCGCAGAUGCAGACGGGGCUGGGGCCCUGGGUGUUGCUCAAGGUCACGAGUGCAUGCUGGGAGUGGAACUCCCGAGCCUGGCUCUUCCAGCAGGCUCCCUAGGCUGUAAAGCUAACUUAGCCCUGAGUGGCCACUCGCUAGGUCAGUGCCCUUGGUUGUAAGAUCUUGAGAGCUUUAUUUUCUACCACCAUUAUCUCAAGUUUACAGAAAUUCAAGUGCUCGUGAGUGUUGCUUCAUUGGCACUUGAAACAUCCCAGUAGGUCGCUGGACACGCACCUGUGCAGAGGUCCCAGUAGGUUAUCAGGGGCGUCACUCACUGAAUAAGCCUUAGCCCUCCGAAAACAAGGCAGUGUGUGCGGUGACCCAAGUUAAAUGUAUUCUAUUGGCCAGUUCGUUGUCAAACAUUUGCCCAAGGCUGUACGAAGUCAAAUUUGCUGGUCCUAAGAUGGGUGUGAUGAAAGAAAUUGUGUUCAUUCCCAGGGUACACAGGCUGGAGGGGGCGGGAAGGGAGGAGAGCCCACUGGGUGACCUUGGACAAGGUCGCAGGACGUGGGCGUGGCUUUUGCUGUGACUGGGGCCCUUUUCCCGAGAAACCGUUCAGUCUGUCUGAGGCUGCAGGUCUCAGCGGCUCCAAGAGCAGGGCCGUGGUGUCCCUGGGCAGCGUCCAGGGUGCUGUGGGUGCCCUGGGCUCCCCAAGGCAGGGCAGUGCUGUGUGGCCAGGCAACACGGCUGGAGGCCAGAGUGGCUGGGCUGACUGGGUGAUGACCCUGCGCGGUGAGGGGUGGGCCCCAGUGGCCAAGGCCGGGCUCCAGGGCUGAUUAAGCGAUGGCAAGAGCCCUCCGAAGCUCCUCGCUCCGCUUGCGGUCAAUGUCUUCCAUCUCCCGCAGUUUCUGCAAAGAGCAACAGGGAGAGCUGGUGUUCGGGGCUGGAGCUCGGGGAGCCAGAGCGUGGCCCCGAGAGCCGCAGCUGCAGCCAGCCCACCCGUCCUCACGUCUCUGGCCCCGCACUUGGGCUGGGCCCGACCGCGCAGCCCUCCGAUGCUUCCUCCUACCUGGGAGAUCUCGGUGAGGAUGAUGGCUCGGUACUGCUUGCCCUGUCCCAGGGCCUCCAUGGCGGCCAGGAAUUCUUUCCUCUCCUGGAUUUCCUUCACCACUGCACAGGGGAGGGGGCCCUCAGUGCCCGGGCUGGGGGGCCUGUGGGGCCGGCCCGCAGCCCCCCAGGGGCUCACAUUCUUCAAAGCGGUCCAGCUUGGGGCUCGGGUCCCGCCGCGCCGGAGGUGCCUUUCUCCUCCGUCCCUCUGUGUCCUUCCCCUUGGCAAAGAGGUCUUGGAGUCUCCGCUUCUCCUUCUCCAGGUCUCCUGGGGGGCCCAGAAGUGGCCAGGGAGGGUGCGAGGGGCGCCCCCUUCACAGUCUUUUCCACUCAGGCCCCGCCCCUUCUCCCCUGGGGGCACCUGAGCUUGUGAGAGGGGCAGGAAGAGACAAACCCACAGCUGCUCUGGCGCAGACCAGGCUGUGGAAACUGAGGCCUGAGCCCUGCAGAGGGGCAGCCUGAGCGCAGGGGCGGGGCCAGCAGCGACAGAAACCAAGGGACAAGGCUGGAGCAGGGCGCUGCUCGGCAGAGACCGGCAGGGCCCAGCUAACUGAAAAGUUCUUGGGGAAAAAAAGAGGAACGGGCCCUCCGUCCCCCGCAGCCAGCUCCCUGUGUCUGACUACCUCUGAACACCACGCAGCGGGCACGAGAGCGUUAGUACAAAGGCGACCUGGUUCCAUGUGGCCUCCCCUGCCCCGUGUCUGCCCCCCCCCCGCCCCCACGCCCGCUUGCACACACACACACACCCGGCAGGCCCUCGCUGGGGGCCCUGGCACUCACUCGUGG